AGCCGCUGAGCGCCUCUUGACGCGCUCGCGCCCGUCCGCCGCCACCGAUGCCGCCUUCGUUCUGGGUGCCGCACCCUGACCUCGUCUGGGCGCCGUGCGCGAAGAAGUCGGACGGCGUCUACGCGGACGAGGAUGGCAAGCAGGUGUUUCAUUCGGGCUCUGUGAACGAGGUGAAGGAUUCGCAGAUAGAGGGCGCAGACGACGUCUGCAAUAUCGACGUCGUCACCGAGGCAGUGCUGCUGCACAACGUGCGCCUAAGAUACAAGCGCCAGGUGAUCUACACGAACAUCUCCAGGAUCCUCGUCGCGGUGAACCCGUUCAAGAAGAUCGCCAUCUUCGGCGAGGAAUGGUUGAAGAGGUACAUUCAGCCUUCCGCCGAGGAUCGCACGACGCCGCACAUCUACAACGUCGGCUACGACGCCGUGACAGGCAUUAUGGCGAGCGGCAAGCGCAGCCAGGCGGUGCUAGUCAGCGGCGAGUCGGGGGCCGGCAAGACGGAGUCCGCGAAAUUGGUGUUGGGCUACAUUGCAGCGUACUCCUCCGGCAGCGGGCAGCGCUACGACAUGAGCGCGGGCGAGGCGGCGAAGGCGGGCCCCAAGCGCACCCUUUCGCGCUACUCGUCCACGCUGACAGAGGGUAAGGUCGACAUCCAGGACCAGAUCAUGAAGACGAACCCUAUCCUGGAGGCCUUUGGAAACGCGAUGACCCAGAGGAACAACAACUCCUCCCGCUUUGGCAAGUGGCUUGAGCUGAGCUUCGACGGCCGCGGCCAGAUAGCCGGUUGCCAGAUCGUCGACUACGUCCUGGAGCUCACCCGCGUCACAGGCACCGCAAAGGUGGAGCGAAACUACCAUGUAUUCUUCGCCCUCGCACAUAUGCGCGACAGCAACGAGCUGCAGGGCCUGGGCAUGUUGCCGCCCAGCAAGUACAGCUACCUCAAGGAUUGCGUGCAGCAGGCGCCGAGCCUCAACGACGCCCAGAUCUUCGAGGAGAUCGUGGAGGCGUUCCAGUCGCUCGAGUUCGAGGCGUCGCUGCAGAAGGAGAUCUUCAGCGUCGUGGCAGGCAUAUUGGAGCUCGGAAACGUCAAGUUCGCAGAGGUCGGCGAGUCUCUGGCGUUCGCGGAAGAGGCGAAGGACCUGUCCGAGGGGCGGCUCCAGGGGGCAAAGACCCAGGACCUGUCCGAGGAGCACCGAUGCGCGGCCCAGAGGGCGGCGGACCUGCUCGGGCUAAACCUGGCCAACCUGGGCAAGGCCUUGCUGACGCGCGAGAGCGUCGUUGGGGGCGAGAAGAUACAGAGGUCGCUCAAGGCAGACCAGGCGGCGUUCGAGCGCGACGCUUUCGUGCGGCUGGUCUACGGCCGCCUUUUCAAGUGGCUGAUCUGUAAGAUGAACCAGAAGCUCCUCAACGGGGUCGAGGUGACGCGGUUUCUGGGGCUGCUGGACAUCGCCGGUUUCGAGAGCUUCGCGACAAAUUCCUUGGAACAGUUGUUGAUCAAUCUAAGCAAUGAGCACUUGCAGGCUCACUUCAACCACUCCUUCUUCACAAUGGAGAUUGAGGUAUAUCGUGCCGAGGGCGUCAACCUGUCAUUUGACGAUGUUGGCUUCAACGACAACAAGGACAUCAUCGAAUUGAUCGCCGGAAAGGGCGGUAUCUUCUCCAUCCUGGACGACUCGGGGACCCUAGCGAAGUCGGCGGACAGCGACCAGAAGUGGGUGGACCGAGCUUGCAAGGAACUCCAAAAUCACAAGCGGUUCGGCGUCCCCAAGUUCAAGGGCUCCUUCACAGUGAAGCACUUUGCGGGGCCUGUGGAGUAUCAGGCCAAGGGCUUCCUCGAGAAGAAUCUCAACAAGCCCCCUCGCGAGGGCCCGAAUUGCAUAGUGACGUCCUCCAACUCCGUUCUGAAGGAGAUCGGGGGCACCGUCAUCGCCGAGCUUGACCUCCUCGAGCAGGCCGCCAAGGGCACGAAGCGAAAGGCGCAGACUGUGAGCAACGAGUUCAAGGAGUCCAUCGCCGCAUUGAUGUCCAAACUGAAGGAGGCCGACCCGCACUUCAUCCGCUGCAUCAAGCCAAACCCAGAGAAGAAACCGGACAUGUUCCACUCACAGCUAGUCAUGGAGCAGCUUCUCUACAGCGGCGCGCUGGAGGCCGUGAAGAUCCGACAGAGCGGCUACGCCCUGCGGAUGCCCUUCGAGGACUUCGUGGCCCAGUACCAUGUGCUGUUGCCGAAGGCACAUCAGGCAGACCUGCUCGGGCGCGAGGGCGACGCCCGCGGGCGCGCCGAGGCGCUGCUGGGCAUGCUGCCAGAGGUGGUGUCAUUCGCGGGGAAGGAGGCGCGGCUGCGGCCGGAGGACAAGGAGGCCCUCUUCGGGAACACCAAGCUCUUCGCGAGGGCUUCCUUCCACGCGAGGCUGGAGAUGGGCCUGCAGCUCCUCCGGGAGCAGGAGGAGGAGCUGCGCCGCCAAGCGAAGGUGGCCCUCCAGGAGGCGAUCCAGAGCCGCGCGGUGCCGCAGCUGCGGGAGGCCAUCCAGCUGUGCCAGGAGGUCGGCGUGCCGGAGGAAGACCUGACGGAGGUCAAGAGGGUGCUCGAGGAGGCGCUCCAGAGGGAGGGGGUGCUCACGAGGAUCCAGGAGGGCAUCGCCGUACGCGACGUGCGCGCGGUGAAGGACGCCGUGGCGGACGGGCAGCGCCUGCAGAUGUCGGAGCAGGAGUUGGCCGACGCGCGGGCGUUCUUGAAGCAGGAGCAGCUCGCGUGGGCGCGCGGCGAGGUCGAGAAGGCGAUGACGGCGAAUCAGGCCGAAGGCCUGAGGACCGCCAUCAAAGACGCUGAGGAGGCUGGCAUACCGAGCGGCGACGAAUUGCUCGCGCGAGCCCGGAAAGCGCUGGCCGCGAUGGAGGCCACGGAGGCGUUGCAGAGCGCGGUGCAGUCCCGCGACGUCUCGCAGCUCGAGGCGGCCAUCCAGGCCGGCGAGCCGGUGCUCGAGCAGGGCAGCGAGGCUCUGGCAGAUGCCCGGCGCGUCCUGCGGGAGGAGGCGGCGAAGACCGCCGCGCGCCAGCAACUCGCGGCGGCGGUGCAGGCGGGCGACCUGGCGGCGCUGACGGCAGCGCUGGGCGCCGCGGAGGAGGUGCGGCUCGAGGCGGGCGAGCUUGAGCAGGCCAGCGCGGCGCUCGCGCUCGCGGAGGCGCGGGCCGCGUGCAGCGCGCAGCGGCUGCGGCCGGCCAUCGAGGCCGGCGAGGCGGCGGGCCUGCCAAGGGGCCAGCUGGACGCGGCCAGGGAGGCGCUGGCGAGGGAGGAACGGCGCGAGGAGGCGGCGGGCGCGCUGCGUGAGGCGCUCGCUGCUGGAGGGCUCGAGCCACUCCAGGCCGCGGUGCGGGCGGCGGAGGACUGCGGGGUGGACGUCGCGUUGCUAGAGGAGGCGCGGGCGGCGGUGCAGCUGGAGGGGCAGAAGGCGGCGGCCCGCGCCAGGCUCAAGGAUGCGACGGACCGCCGCGAGGCUGGCGCGCUGCGGGCGGCCCUGGGGGUGGCAGAGGCGGCCAGGCUAGAGCCCAGAGAGCUCGAGGAGGGCAGGAGGGUCCUGCUGGAGGAGGAGCGCAAGGCCGCCGCCAUCUCCCGCGGAGACGCGGCGGCGGCUUCUGCGAGGGGCGGCAGCGCGGGCGAGGUGAGGCGGGCACAGAUGGAGGAGCUGCGGGCCGCCAUCGACGAGUGCCAGGCGGCCUGCGUCGACGCCGCCUUGGUGCAGGCGUUGAGGGGCCAGCUGGCCACCGAGGAGGCCAAAGACCAGUCGCUGGCGAGGCUGCGGGAGGCGGCCGCGGGGUAUUCUGCCGAGGACCUGCAGGCCGCCAUCGAGGCCUGCGAGUCCCUGGGGGUAGUGGCCCCAGAGCUGUCGGGCGCGAGGCUGCGCGUGACGGUGCUGCUGCAGCAGGAAUCCGCCAAUCGCGCCGUGGAGCGCGCAACAGAGGACGCCGACGCGCUGGCGCUGGAACAGGCCAUCGCCGCGGCGAAGGCCGCUGGCAUCGAUGAGGAACGCCUGGAGCCCUCGAGAUUGCUGCAGCGCCUCCUGGCCGCGGAGGAGAGGGGCGACCUCGAGGGCUUGCGCGCCGCGAUCCAGGCGGUCGAGGACCGGGGACUGCGCGUGGCCCACCUCGCGGAGGCGAGGCAGGUGCUGCAGGACCUGGAGCGCCAGGAGGCCGCGAGCCAGGGGCUCCAAAGCGCCGUGCGCAGCCAGGACGCUGGGCGUUUGCGCGAGGCCAUCGCCGAGGGCCAGGCGGCGGGGCUGCCCGAGUUCGAGCUGCGCCCCGCGCGCGAAGCCCUCCAGCUGGAGGAGCGGAAGGACGAGGCGAGGAGCGGGCUGCAGCGGGCAGUGGAGGGGGGGGACGUGGGCGUGCUGCACUCCGCGCUGGCCGAGAGCCGGGAGUGCGGCAUCCUCGGCGGCCCCGAGCUGGCGGCGGCGCUGGAGGCGUUCAGUGCGCUGACAGAUACCGUGGCCGAGGCGCAGGACCUGCGGGCCAUGCGCUGCUGGCUGCUGCCGGUGCCCCGCGCCCUCCUCUUCGAGCAGUUCUGGCGGUCCGCGCAAGGGGCAGGGUUCGGCGGCAUGGACUGGAAGGCGACUGGGCCGCCACCCGUGGCAGGCGCCAGCGUCGGCGCGCACUUCACAACGGUGCUGGAGGGCGCGUGGCGCGCCAAGAGUGGCACGGUGCUCGCCGAACUCUGCGCCAACCUGCGACUGUGCCGGCUCCGCGAGGGCAGGCCGUUGGAGGGCAGCGAGCCUUUGGGCGCCGCGGCUGCGGGCUUGGGCUACCGCCAGUUGUUCCAGGCCGCCUGGGAGCUGAGGGCCGUGGGCAGCGGAGCGGGCGGCGUGCCAGAGGCGCUGACGAGGCACCCGCUGUCGCUAUUCUGCAUGCUGCUCUACACGCAGCAGGGCGCCGACGUGGACCGCAUGCUGCUGUUCCCGGACGUGCCCGCGCUGCAGCCGAGCGCGGACGCCACGGCCGACGGUGAGCAGCGGGCCCGGACCUACCAGGCCUAUCGGGACCGCCUGGCGUCCGCGCGCUGCGUGCGCAAUUCGGCGGUGGCCGUCGAGGCCAUCCGCGCCGCCGCCGGCUGCACCGACGCGCUACGCGCUCUGGACGCCGAGGGCCUGCUCGGCGCGGCGCCCGCGGCCGAGCUCCUGGAGGAACGCGGCGUGGCCGCCAAGGGGGCGCUGGAGGCGUGGGUGAAGUGCGUGUGCCUGCUGAGCACCCUGGCCUGCGAGCCCCUGCCAGAGCGGACGGUGACGAAGGUGAUGGUGGGCGCACCAGCAGGCUUAGUGUCUCACUUGCGGGGCAGGCGGCCAGGCGACACCAUAUUCUGGGCCGCCCCGCUCAGCACCACGAUGGACGCGGAGGUUGCGAACCGGUACAUCGCCGACAGCGACGCCAGCGUUCAGGACGUGGUAUUGAAGAUCAGCGGAGUGCGGCAGGGGCUGGAACUUUUCCGCGUCAGCCAGUACCCCGAGGAGCAGGAGUUGUUGCUGCCAGCCUGCUCGCUGCUCGAGAUCAAGAAGAUCAGCAGCCGGAACCGCCAGUUGUACGUCGAGUGUGACUAUCGCGACACGCUGCUGAGCAAGGACCUCCGUACCGCUGUGUGGGGCGACCUGCGCGACACAACGUACGAUCUGGCGAGGCUGGUGGCGGAGGAGCGGCCGAGCCCCAGCGCCGGAUCGCCGCCGCCGCUGGUCGCCGGCAGCCAAGGGGCCGGCGGGCGCGUGCCCCGCAGCGCGCAGCCGGUGCAGCCCCUGCAGGGGCGCACCCGCAGCCCGCGGGGGCCAGGCAGCUCGGCCAAGGCCGCCAGCGGCGCCGCUCGGAGCACGACCGCGCCUGGCUCCCGAGCCGCCGGCCCGCCAGGCCCGAAGGGCAUGGCCGGCGCCAGCGCGCCGGGCCCCGCUGGCCAAUCCGGCGCCGCGCUGGAUGCGAAGGUGGAGUCGUUGCUUUCCGUCUUCGAGGUCAUGGACCGCCGAGGUACCCACCAGAUUGGCCGCGACGACUACAUGUGGGCCCUGAAGAAGUUCUCCAAGGACCCCGAGGUGAUGAAGGUUGCUCGGAACGUGGGCAUCAGCUCCCACUUCUUCGAGAGCCCGGAGGACCUCACGCUGCUGCGCUUCCUGUACCUCGCCUUGUCGAACCUUUCGGAAACCGAGAAGGACCGCGCCUUGAGAUUCGCGGUGUCCAGGAUGAGGCGGCAGCGCGUCGCCAGCGCAUCAAAUGCGUGGGUGUGAGGCGUGUUUUUUUUAUUUGUGUCAGCAUGGGGAUGAUGUUCUCAUCUCCUGGGCCCCCUCGCGCGCGCGCGCGCCCGCGCGUCCCUGCGUCCGUGCGCGCCCGCGUGCGCAACAUAGCGCGCGCGGGCGCGCGGGCGCCUGCACGCGCCCGCGCACGCCGCUUUUCAGCGGUCGGGCGCUCCCGCGAGCGCGCGCGCCCGCCCGCGAGAAACUACUGC